AGGACAAAUUUUAUUUUCUAAUAAUGUGACUUGCGAUUUGGUUUUCGGAUUCGUAGAUCUAGACUUUGCGCCGCCUUACUGCAGAUGCUAAACAGGGUCAUUUUCGGAAAAUCAGUUGAUAAAUACAUCAUCUCGCAUAUACAAAUCGCACAGCAGAUUUCUAGGGCUCAAACAUCCCUCGCUGUCGAUCCCUCGAACCCCAAUUCGAUCCGAUCAAAUCGCGUUCAGUCAAUUAGGGUUUCGAUAUUUUCACUGAUCGGGAGAGAUGCCUCAGAGACACUCGAAGAACAACAACGACCUCGCUUUCUUCACGUAUGACGAGAAGCGGAAGCUUGGGUACGGCACCCAGAAGGAGCGGCUGGGGAGGGACUCGAUUAAGCCGUUCGACGCUUGUUGCCUCUGCUUGAAACCCUUGAUUGACCCCAUGUGUUGCCAGAAAGGCCACGUCUUUUGUAAAGAAUGCAUUCUCGAGUGCCUUUUGGCUCAGAAGAAAGACAUUCAAAGGAAGCUAGCUGCGCAUGUUGCUCAGCAGAAGCAAGAAAAAGAGGAGGAAGAAGAGAAGCUAAUGCUACAGAAAGCCAGAGAGCUUGAUGCGUUUGAUCAACAAAACCACGGUGCGGUCCCUCAAUACAGCGACAAGAACUACAACAAGGACAAGAAUGGCUUCCAUGGCGCAAACAGCGUCAAAACCACCUCUUAUGAGGAAGAAGCACUCAGAACCAUGAAAGCAUUCUGGCUUCCCUCAGCCACCCCAGAAGCAACUGCCAAGGUGGAGGCCCCACCCUCCACAACAACCUGUCCAGAAGGCAAGGAGAAUCUCAAGUUGAAAACUCUAUUCCCAAUCUACUUCACUGAAGAUAGUUCUGAGGAUAAGAAAUCAAAGUCUCUUGAGAAGAGCUAUAUUUGCCCUAGUUGCAAGGUUACUCUUACAAAUACACUGUCGCUUACGGCCCUAAGUUCUUGUGGUCAUGUGUUUUGCAAGAAAUGUGCAGAUAAGUUUAUGGCGGUUGAUAAGGUUUGUUUGGUUUGCAACAAGGGAUGUAAAGAGCGGCAUUUGGUUCCAUUGCAGAAAGGAGGGACAGGAUUUGCAGGCCAUGAUGAUCAUUUGCUGGCGACGGAUUUUAAGCAUUUGGGUAGCGGCUCUGGGUUGGGGCUUGUGAGGCCUGCAAUGAAGACAUGAAAUGGAUACAUAGUGGGUAAUUACACUCUAUUGUUGUACUGUGUUUUUCUUCCUUUUGACAUGUUUUUGUUCUGUCUUGUGUGCUUUAGUCCAGUUUUAGUCGGACAUGUUUAUUGUGAGAUCAGUGGAAGUACAUCAUGUUGUAAUGGUAAGGUUUAAGCAGUUUUUUUUUUCCUUUCAAAA